AUGAAGCGAAGACAAAUUAUUCUAUGGAGAGAUUAUGCGGACAUUCGUUGCGAUAAGAAAGUGCUGAACCACUUGAAGAGUGAGUACCUUAGCACGGUCAGAGGUGAGUGGCGUUUCAGGAAAUCUCCUGACUUUUAUUGCGAAAUGAGCUGGGAAUUUGCGAGUUGGGUUCCCUUUAUCAGUCGAAUGUGUCCUUCUGAUACUUACAAGAUUUACAAACAAGGUUCAAAAGUUAGGAUUGAUACGACGCUAGUCGGAUUUGAAGCUUCAAGCUGGAAACGAGGAAAUCAAACCUAUAUAUUUCGAUUGGAUGAAAAUGAAGCGCCACAGUUCAUAAUUGUUGACCACGAAUCAAAAACGGCAACCAUUCAAACUCUCCGUGAUGAUGAGCCCUUUGAAGAUUUUGUACCCACUGAAAGUGCAGUGGAACUACGGAUGACAUCGCCAAUAUCGACUACUUUCAUUGAUGUGGACAAAAUCGGCUUUGAACGAUCUUACCGAGGUGGCCUACUUGGCUGGAUAAGCAGUACUGAGAAAACGGAGACAAUCGAUGAAUUUGAAUGCAAGGUUUUCAACGCAUCAAACGUGAACCUUGUAACUAAAACUAGAAAAGAGCAUUUGUCGGAACAGGAUUGCUCGCGCGCAAGGCAGGAUGAGAAUCCGAAUCUCCUUUCUAAUCUCUUGAGUACAAUUGUUAGGACAGAAACAAGCGAGGAGUCUACCACUGACAAUUUGAUUGAUAGCGGUCUGACUGUAGAUGAAUACUUGGAUGAAGAAUUUCCUCUAAACGGUGACAUCGGCAGACCUAAACGAGUAACGAAGAAGUCGAAUAAUUUCAAGGCGACACUGUGGUUGGCUGAGGACUACCCACUUUCAUUCCAAGAACAAGUGAUGCCUAUAGUUGACUUGAUGGCUGCUAAUAGUGCCCAUUUCGCACGCUUACACAAUUUUAUACGUAUGCAACUACCGGCAGGUUUUCCCGUGAGAAUAGAGAUUCCACUAUUCCACGUCGUCAGCGCAAAAAUCACCUUUGGACAGAUCAAUGAACCAGGUCCUUUCGUGACUCCUCUUGAGACCACGACCGGUUUCAAAGUUACGGCUGUUGCUAUAGAUGAUGACCUCUUCAAGAUACCAGUAUCAUAUCGAACCAUUGAUGAAAUUAAUGCGACUCUGUGGUGGCCGGAGGAUGAACAGGACAUGUCAAGUUUGCAUGGCGGCGCUGCUCCUAGUUAUCACCCUUCCAUGCAGCAGCAAGAAGAGAUGCUUUUGCAGCUUGCAAUUCAGGAGAGUUUCCGAAGUGGUGGAUCGGAUACCUCUGCUUACUCCAGUAUAGGUCAGCUAGUUACUAAUGCAGUACCAGCAUAUGAUGAGGAGGCUGAGGAACAAAGACAACUAGCCUUAGCAAUAGAGGAAAGCCUCCGUAUGUCUGGGUUACCUCCAACUGAGCCUAACGUGGUCGCAGACGAGCCCGAGGAUAGUCUCGCUUUGGCAUUGCGUCUCUCACGUGACGAAGAGCAGCGGCGAAAAGAAGAAGCACAAAGAGAGGAGGAAGAGCUUGAAAGAAUUUUGCAGUUGUCACUGGAACGCGGUGGUUCGGCAGCCCUUCUAGUCGGUGAGAGUGGCCUUUGA